AUGUUACUGAGAGACAGAUAUAAAGCGUAUGAACUCCCAUGUAUUGAGCACAAAGUGUUGUCGUCAGUAUCUUCCAGUGCAUUAACAACUCUUUUGUCCGUAACGUUCAACAUGGUCGCCGCCGAAUCUAAGGGAUUGGAAGAGUCCAAAAAGCAGACGACACACAUUGCCCCGAACAAUUUGCUCUCACUUGCGGCAAAAGGAAAGAUAUGCACGGCUUUUGGAAUCAAGAUUAUUCCCGGCGGAGAGAUUGUUCAUAUAGCGAAAUCAUCUGGUUACGAUUCUCUUUUCAUUGAUCUUGAGCACACCACACUCACCAUUCGUGAUGCUGGUCAGCUUUGCAUCACGGCUAACUCGGCUGGCAUCACACCGUUUGUUAGAGUGCCCCACGAGUGCGGGCUUGGAUUCAUGCAAAAGGUUCUCGAUGCGGGAGCUAUGGGCAUCAUUGUACCGCACAUUCACACUGCCGCGCCCGUUGCAACACCCGCGUAUAUGAGCUCAGAAGCAAAUACACGGCCGAAAAAGCGGCAGAAGGGUUUCAUCACAGCGAAUGAAGUUCCUCGUGCCCCUACUGCAUGCGAAUCUUGCCGGGAUCGCAAAAUUAAGUGCUCUGGAACCCAACCAUGUCGAUAUUGUACGCGGAGACAGCUUUCUUGUGUCUUCCGGGAGAGUGUGAAAAAGAAGCUUUAUUCUGUCGAGUAUGUCGAACAGCUUGAAGAGCUAGCCGCCACAUUUGGUGGCAGUAGCACUUCUGUGCCAGUCGAUUCUGCUCUGCUGGAAAGAGAGAAUUCCAUGCAUGCUGUGAAUGAGUCUGGAGACAUUACCGCCUCGCCGACUGUGGCAAACAGGAGUAAUGUAAGCCGAACUGAUCCUGCAUUUUCUCCAGUACUCUCGCCAAUUCCUCUCCAGUCAUGCGAUCCAAGGAUUGAUCACCAGGAAAGGAGAAGCUCUCAAAACCCGAGUGCAAACGGGUUAGAGAUUCCUGAAACUGUCACUUCAUCGAGCCUACAUUUCAGCUAUCAAAUCAAAACACUGAAGCCUGUCUCACCCGCUACCACGAACGCUGAGGCCUGCUCACCAGAUAAUUCAGUGAUCUUAUCUGACAACCCUUAUGGCAUUAUACCCAAUAAAAGAAACGAGAGAAAACAACCACUGAAGUUGCCGUCCUUAGAAGAAGCACAAGAACUUUUAGAUAUCGUCUUAACUUCUUUAGGAAACAUACAACAUCUGUUUGAACCAAGAGCCGUUUGUGAUCGACUUUCCGAGUCGUAUGCUGCCAUUGUCGACAGAGAGGAUAUAUGGCAUGUGGAGUUCCUCAUCGUCAUGGCCGUCGGAAAGCUAUUGCGAGGAAAGAUGGGCCGCAAUCACACUUUGCCGGGGGCAGACCUCUAUCUGGAAGCCUUAGAGAAACUACCAGAUAUUAUGAGCCUUCGAAGAAAAGGAGUGAUAGCUAUCGAGAUCCUUGGCAUGAUGGCUUUUUAUCUUCAAUGCGCCGACCUCCGUGACGACGCUUACGUUCACGCAGGAAUGGCGUUACGAAUUGCCAUGGCCAACGGUAUGGCUGACGAAAGCAGCUACCAGGCUUUCAUCAGGUCUGAGCAAAAUCAUCGCCGUAGGCUUUGGUGGACUAUUUACAUGCAGGAGAGACGGCUUGCUGCCGCUACCGGACAACCUUUGACCAUACAAGAUGCCCACAUAACCACAAAGCUACCAACCGAAUCACCUGGAUUUGUCGCGCCAGCGGCAAUGCGAAUUAAUAUCAAACUCGCAAAUAUAACCGGCAAGAUAAUGGAUGCUAUAUACGGUUCUCAGAACAAAGUGGUGCAUCACUAUGUCGGCAUUGUGAAAGGAAUCUUGAAUCAGCUUCUAGAUGUGGCCAAUUGUAUUCCAAAGGAAUACAGCCUCAAUCUUGCCAAAGAGUCACCUAUAUCAAGGACAGCGGGGACAUUAUACCUUAUGCUCUAUCAGUGUGUCGUCCUUGCUACACGCCCGACAUUGCUACACCUGGCAAGAAAUAGACUUGACACUCGGCCUUCGGAGCGAGAAGGCCUAGUUAGUACGUCAGAACUUGAGCAUAUAGCAAAUGCUUGUAUAGAGGCUGCAAGCCGCAGCAUUGACGUCUUGGAAGCACUAAAAGAGCAGCACUUGAUAGCCAACUUUGGGUUUUUCGAUCUUGAUGCUGCUUAUUCUGCCGCCUUCGUCUUCGUACUAGUCGACAGCGUUGCCAUAAAUACAACUCAACCUUGUGGCGUCUCCAAAAUCCGCACAGCGUUUAACAUCGUUAAACACCUUUCUGUGCAGGGAAACAAGGCUGCUGCGAAGAGAAGCGCAGAAAUUGAACAGACUUGCAACCAUCUGGGCAUUUCCUUCCAUGAAGAACCAGAAGAAAACGUUCAAGGACCUAGAUCUGUAUUGAGUGGCCUUGAGGACAUAGCACAACUAUCCCGGGGUAACGGAGACUCUGGGACAGAACGGACGCAAGAAGGAGACAUGCAUCAAGGUGAACCCGCAUUGCCAGAUUCUAACUUGUCGACAACUCACUUUGAUUGGACUCAAGCGGCGGCAACUCUCUUUGACUGUAGCGCAUCAGGCUCACGAGGCGCACAACAGUCGAUGGCGGCCGCGUUGUCAUUUGCAGAGGGAGGGAAUGAAAUGUUCAACAGCGUAUGGCUAGACGACUUUUCUUUGACUGGAGUUGUCGAAACAGACUGGGCGGAACUUGAUAAACAGCUAACGUCCCAAAGCCGAGUCUAA